AGAUUAUAUUAGAAGAUAAAACAAUAGCUGUUAAAAGUAGACAUAUAUUAAAAGAUAAACUUGUUCUUGAUAAAUUUGUAAAAUAUAAACCUAUAAAAUGUGGAUCUUCAGAAAUUUUUAUCAAAGAUAAACUUGUGAUAGAUGAAAAUAAGAAGAUCUCUGAUAGCAAAACUAUAAAAGAUAAAACUCUAAAAUAUAGAAAUAUGAGAAUAAGCAAAAUAUAA